AAAUUCAUGAACGAAACCCACUUUGAGGAUUGAAAGUACGGGUUCUCUCCCUUCACUCCACCACUACCAUGUGCACUAUAAAUAGCGUGGGUGUUAGUAUCGUAUUCCAGCAGGUGGAUUAACCCUCAAUGAGAUGUCGAUCUGUGAUUCACGUUUGCCUUGUCUACUAUGAACGUCAUGAGCCAAUCAGCAGUGUUUUUACUGUUAGUAUAUGCCCUGGUUCAGAAGGUGAUGUCUACAAAUCCAAAUGUUGUGACGAGAUGGGUCUAUCAUAUGUGCAGAGAUACUGAUAUCGAUAUUCUAUCAUCAACUGGUGUUUGGAUUGAACCGUAUAAGAAAAGUCUGGUGGACUUCAACUUCGCUGAAAGCAUACGUCCUGACAAAGAUGAGUUUAAACUAGAGUUCUCUUUCAAGACUACCGUCUCAGAAGGGAUUCUCUUCUACACGAGAAGCAAGGACUACCCAAAAGAGAUCAUCUCCAUGUUUUUGUCAGACGGUUAUUUGGUCUACAAAUUCACAUGCCCAAACCUAGCCGUUGUGGACUUUUUGUACUACGAAGACAGAACACGAGUGAACGAUAACAGGUGGCACAAUAUUUCCUUCCAUGUAAAAGUCUACAAUACGCCUCGAGUACUAAGAGACAAAGAAGCCAACAUCACUGUAGAUGGUCGAGACAUUACAGGCAAAACGUAUAGAGUCUCCUGUCAUCAAGUGACCUCCCUUGUCAUGGGAGGUAAAAGGCCAAAGGAUGCUGAGUUCAUCCAUAAUAACACUCGGACAUUGAAGACGGUAUCGAAACACUUUGAAGGGUGUAUACGUUAUUUGGAGACAAACCUGCCAUUAAAAACUCCUCCCAAGUAUUCGGUCAUCUCCAGCUGCCGUUAAAAACUCCUUACAAGUAUUCUGUCAUCUCUAGUUGCCGUUAAUUAUGGUUAGGGUUAUUCCUAAUCAAAGUACUUCAAGGAAAAUUGAGGAAGAAAGACAGAGACAAAAAGAAGAGUAGACAAAGAGAGAAAAAGAGAGAGAGAGAGCGAAAAGAGAGACAAAGAAAGUCAGAAAAGGAAAGGAUGAAAGAGAGGCAAAAAUAAAGAGAGAUAUAGACAAAGAGAGAGGUAAAGAGAAACAAAGAGAUAUAAAGAGAGAGAGAACUGGAAAAAAAGAGAGAGAGAGACAAAUAAAGAGUGAGAUUUUAUGUAUGUCUGAAGAAAAAAAGAAAGACAGAGAGAGAGAGAGAGAGAGAAAUACAUGUGCCCAGAUGAGACAUUCACUAACGUUGUAAAUAUUGCAUAUUUUGAAUUCAAUGUUUAAACUGAAAAGUCCUAGACCCAAAGGUGAAGGCCUUCGUGGCAUCAUGUCUCUAUAUUUGCCUGAUUUUUCUAUUGUUGUAUUAUCUAUUUUGUUUUUACAUGUAUGUAUAGUUUGUAAGCUGAAUUCGAAAUAGACCAAAUUUACCUUCACUUUGGCUUUCCAUUCAACUAUAAGUCUCAACUUAAUCCAAUUAUUAUUUAUAGUUAUGUCUCAAUAUCCUAAUCUGGCUGCUUCUUGUUUGGGGGUGGGGGAGAAAAGAAAAGAAUAAACAAUGGGGAGUAGAAAAUUAAUUACACAUUCCACUAGAUUCUCUCAUCUUUAUUUUGUUUUACGGAGGCAACUAAACUAUAAGCUGUAACGUGUUUUAUAUCUCGAUGAAAAGUCCUGAAAAAUUAUCAGCGAAAAAUGAAGAUGUUUUUAGAGAUGGGCUAGACAGGCCUAGUUUCGAUACAAUGAUAUUAAGUGAUGAGCUACCAAACAUCAAAAUAUUUGGUACAUUCUAUGGAAACACAAUUCGUAAUAAGUGAUUAUGUGAUUAUAUAACUAUUACCUGUUUUUAUUUAUGCAUAAUCGAGUUAUUCUCUCUGUAAAAUACGUGCUUGUUACUUUUAUUAUGCUUGUUUAGAAUGUGACUGUCAUGUCGUAGUGUAUAGUGUACAAGCUAUCGAAAUGUGCAUUUAUUACAAUGUUGCAGCUGGGAUUUAAAGCUAUCAAUGUUCUUAAAACUAUUAUGUUUUACAGAAAAAGAAAUGGCUACACAUUUAUUUAAAUAUUUUGUUUGUCUAUAUGAACUCUUUCAGUCCUGAAGCGAAUAGAAAUUAUUGCCCGGGCAUUAUCUAUGGUCGGAAAGAUGUCAUUCCGACAGCCCCCCCCCCCAGCCCCCCAUGCAGCAUAUGUGUCCAAGGAAACGGCAAUUGCCGAUACAGUUUGGGAUUAGCGGGGGUGGCAGGCUGUGCCAGGUGUGUAGCACUGUGUGUUGCAAGCUGUCUAAGCGUCAGCGGCUUCUGAAUUUAACUCAGGGUUGCCUCUCCAAAUCUUUCCCAUUUUUUUUGGGUAUAGCAUCAAGGCAGCAGAGGUUUGAAUUCAAGAGUUUUUCCUCUCCUAUGUGGGUAGCCAGCCAAAAGGCUAACGAUCCCUUUGUGCCAGAAGCUUCCCAAUUUCGGCUGUAGGUUUUAAUUCAGACUUUUCCUGCUCCUGGGUGGGUAGCCAGCCAAGGCUAAAGAGCCCUUUGUGCUAGAAGCUUUCCAUGUUUGAAUAUAGCUGCAAGUCAGCAGAGGUUUUAAUUCAGACUUUUCCUGCUCUGGGUGGGUAGCCAGACUAGACUAACGAGCUCUUUCUGCCCGAAGCUUACUAGUUUAGGCUCCAGGUUCUCGCCUUUGCCCCUUCUUCUAACAGUAUUGUAAGUAGAGAACUUCCUCUUUGUUUUCUUGUGCGCUAUUCACAUAUAUAAUAUAUGUAUUAUAAUACGAAAAAAAAAUGUAAAUAAUGUUUUAUAAAAUAUUUCAGUUUUUUUCUAUUAUCAUAAAAUUACUUAUUAAUCUGUAGGCUACACAUGUAGGCCUACGUGUUAUGAGUGGUACCCAACCUCGAGAGCCAUGUUGGUGUUUGGGCCGCAUCACUGGACGAGUUCAAUCACACCAACCCACUGUGGCUUCUCUUUGCAAUGUGGAUGGAAGUUCCGAGAGUCCGAAUGUAGCCUGCUGGCCGUAGUUUGGGCACCACUUUUAUAAAACAUGAUAUCUGUGAAGUCAUUGCGAUGCAUUGAUAAAGUGUCUUCCGGUAUUCUAAGACACGUGUGCAGAGUAGCCACUUAUGUAGGCAUAAUAAUACCCAUAUUAUCAUGUGGUAUGCCUAGACCUACGCUGAACCAUAAUUAACAGAAAUAGGCUUAGGCUUAUUUUAUCUUUGGUAUUUGAAAAUAUCCUCUUUGUAGAUUUAGUUUUGUCAAGUACUUAAUAUAACAUUAACCUUUUAGCAGUGGCGUAGCUGGGGGGGGGGGGGAGGGAGGGGGUUCCAAAUUAAUCCCCCGGGUCCCCACGUGAGGGUCCGAAAUUUGUUUUUACAUUAAAUAUUACGCCAUUAUCUCAUAUCAUGAUGUCGAAUGUCAAAAUGCGGGGGCACCAAAGGAGGUCAAGCACCGGGCCCCCAAAGCCCUAGCUACACCACAUCCUUUUAGGGUUUAGACUAUUGUUAUUUGUGGUAUGUCACUAGUAGGUCUGGGCGUAUCUAAUAACAAAUUUAUGUAAAAAGGUUUAUUGAAUCUUUUUUAUAGUAAGCCAUAUUUACUUCUGUGCUUUGUAUAUUAGUUUUGUGAAAUGCUGAUUUCAUUUUAACCUAAACUGUGCACUGACCUGUAUUGAACUUUUAAAGUGACCUACAUUUA